AUGUCUCAAAAACCCAUCUUCGUGGCUACCCAUCCACGCGCCUGCUCUACGGCCUUUGAACGAGUCUUCAUGACCCGUCGGGAUACCAUCCAGUGUAUCCAUGAGCCGUUUGGUGAUGCCUUCUACUACGGGCCUGAACGCCUGUCGGCCAGAUUCGCCGACGACGAACAGGCUCGUCUAGAGAGUGGUUUCAGCCAGUCGACGUUCCAGACCGUCCUGGCCAGAAUCGAGCGCGAAGCUUCUGAGGGCAAGCGUAUCUUCAUGAAGGACAUCAUGCACUACCUCCUCCCACCAUACAGCAAACCCGCCAGCAUUGCGCCAUCGCUGAACAGAAUCAAGCGGGGCGUGGGCACCGAGUCUAACGGAGAGACUGCUCCCCAUUCGGCCGUUGGCGCCAACGGCACCAGCAACGGCGCCCACGCCAACGGCCACCACACCCAGCAGCUGAAUGGCACAAGCCCAGUACAGAACGGGACCAAGAAUGGGCUGAAUGGCCACGCUGCGCUGGACCACUCCACGCCGGUGAAACCGGCAGCUACCCGGGAGCCGUACCCGUACGACACGGCAGCCGAGCCAGGCAAUCCUACCGUGAUGCCCACGGAAAUCCUCUCCCAGUUCCAUUUUGCCUUCCUCAUCCGCGACCCCCACCACAGUGUCCCCUCCUACUUCCGCUGCACCAUUCCGCCCCUCGACCAAGUGACAGGCUUCCACAACUAUGAUCCCUCCGAGGCCGGGUACGACGAGCUGCGUCGCACCUUCGACUACCUGCGUAGCGUGCGCCUGAUUGGCCCCCACAUUGCCACGCAGGAGCGUGACGCCGACGAUAUCGACAACCGCCUGCGACCGGUGACUAGCGGGCUCAACGGAUACGAGGCCGGGGCGGAGAUCUGUGUAGUCGACGCCGAUGAUAUGUUGCAGAAGCCGGCGCCCAUGAUCGAGGCGUUCUGUCGUAGCGUGGGCCUCGAGUAUACCCCCGACAUGCUGUGCUGGGAUACCGAGGAAGACCACCAGGUUGCUCGGGACAAGUUCGAGAAGUGGAGGGGCUUUCACAACGAUGCGAUCGAGUCGAAGGGCCUGGUUGCUAGAAAGCAUCCCCAUGCCGUCAAGACGGAAGAAGAAUGGGACGCCGAAUGGCGCAAGAAAUACGGCCCGGAGGCAGCAGACCUCAUCCGUAAGACCGUCGACGCCAACAUGGCUGAUUACUUGUAUAUGAAGCAAUUUGCCAUGCGCGUGUAG